GCGGGAUAGUGGUUGUUUUUAUCACAUCUUGCUUUUCUCUGCCACCCCACCAAAAAAGUGUGGCCGAGAACCAACCACACCCACCCCUUCCAAGAGAUCUCGCACCGUAGCAUAACCCCGGUUGGGCGCCACAACCCAGCUCUGUACUUGACAAAAAUGACGGUGCUCACCCCAUCCUCGACCGCACCUCCAAAACUACCACUGCCACGGCUCCCCUCAGCUCCCACACGCACCCCCACAUCGUUGCCCGCUGUUCCACCCCCGCCCCUGAAAAACACUUGCGAAGACGCCAGGGCUGCAAGACCCUCUAAAAAACGAAAAAUUUCCUCCAUUUUCAACUCCAAUACUUGCACCGAGGAGAUGGACGAGAGCGAGCCAGAACUUUUUGUCCCCGCUAUCCCAGCGGAUGCAACCGAGAACGUCAAAAAGGGCGUCGGACCUUUCUUGUCGAAGCACAUCCCGGAACAAUACGCGCCCCAGGGACCGCGUGGUCAGCAAGACACACAGCAAGAUGAAUCCGAGAAGGGCAACACAAGGUAUUGUUAUCGGCAUAGGCCCGAUAUCAAAUGUAGGCGGCGGGCGGACGAGCCUACUAUGGAGCAAUUGCAAAAGCAAAUGGAAACGCUACCCGCUGCGGACCAGCAAGCGAUUUCGCACGUUUGGUCGCUAUUCUCUGCUGCGCCAGCAAUCCAUAGAAACAUGAUGCUACAAGGAAUCCUGACACAAUGCUGCUUUCCUCAACUUUCCUUUAUAUCCGCUGCUCUCAGUACCUUGAUUCGCAUUGACUUCUUGACCGCACUUCCUCCCGAGAUUGCGUUCAAAAUUCUAUGCUAUUUGGAUACUGCGUCCUUAUGUAAGGCCGCACAAGUCAGCCAUCGAUGGAGAAUGUUAGCAGACGAUGACGUCGUAUGGCAUAAGAUGUGCGAACAGCAUAUCGAUAGGAAGUGUGACAAGUGCGGAUGGGGACUCCCUCUACUGGAGAGGAAGAGAUUAAGGGCAACGAAAAGGCAGAUGGAAUUGAGGGCGAAGGAACCUGAUUUGAUUUUUACGGCUAUUGUGCCCCCCCCGUCAAAAACCCGUCCUUGGAAGGAUGUCUACUCAGAACGAUAUAAGGUGGAAUCGAACUGGCGUCGGGGAAGGUGCACGAAGAAGAUCUUCCAAGGCCAUUCGGACGGAAUAAUGUGUCUACAAUUCGACGACAACACGCUCGCGACUGGCUCCUACGAUCGCACUAUAAAGAUCUGGGACAUCGAGAGUGGGCAGGAGAUCCGAACCCUGGUAGGACACGACCUAGGAGUCCGCGCGCUGAUGUUUGACGACCAAAAGCUUAUUUCGGGCUCCCUCGAUAAAUCCCUAAAGAUAUGGAAUUGGCGAACAGGUGAAUGCAUAUCAACAUUGCGGGGCCACGCGGCCGGCGUGAUAUGUGUUCACUUUAAUGAGAAUCUGCUUGCGUCCGGUUCCGUCGACAAGACCAUCAAGAUAUGGAACUUUGCCGACAAGAGCCGCUUCGCGCUGAAGGGACAUACGGACUGGGUCAAUUCAGUGCGAUUGGACUCUGGUUCGAGAACAGUUUUCUCCGCGUCAGACGACCAGACAGUGAGAAUGUGGGAUCUCGAUACAAAGGCAUGCAUAAGGGUAUUCGAGGGGCAUGUUGGCCACGUCCAGCAGGUGAUACCUCUACAACUUCUAAAUCAUCAAUCCCCGAGAGGAGGUGCAGCAGCAACAGACGGAGAAGAUUCCUCCUCCUCCACCUUCUCCCCUCCGACAAAUCCCCAGAUCCCCCCAUCACGCCACCAUCCCAACCAUCCAUUGGAGGAGUACCGAGAAGCAAACGCCUCGGAUUCGCCCAAUCGGCCCCGCGCUCGCGCGCCUCCACCAAAGCAGAUGAUCACAGCCGCGCUCGACUCCCAAGUCAAGUUCUGGGACGUUGCCACAGGUAAAUGCACCAAAACGCUGUUCGGCCACGUCGAGGGCGUGUGGGCCCUAGCUGCAGACUCCCUCCGAGUAAUAUCGGGUGCGCAGGAUCGAAUGGUGAAGGUUUGGGACGUUCGCACAGGCCGCUGUCAGCGCACCAUCACCGGCCACUCUGGCCCCGUUACAUGCGUCGGUCUGAGCGACUCCAAGAUGGUUACCGGAGGGGAGGAUGGCGAAGCAAGACUAUACUGCUUCAAGAGCGAGGGUAGCAGCGCCAAUGGCUGGACCACCCCGCCUGAGAUGGUAGGCAGCAGCGAUUCCGGCAGCGCCAUUGCGUACUCCGACGGCCAGGCCGGGGAUUAUUAUGAUGGUAACGGUGAUGGAGAUUCCGGGUAAUGGAUUGAAGGAUGGGAUUUGAUCUGAUCACGGUCUUCCUUCCUCUCCCCAGACACAGAAACUUUAAACUAUCGUGACGUAUCGUUACACUCAGUCGUACCCUAAGCGCAUAUCCAUAUUUCCAAUUUUCUCUUUUGUCUAAUCAAAUUCGCCCAAGGUGGGGGCGAUUCGCAUCGUUAUUUUUUGCUAUUUUUUCCAUUAUUCUUUGCGCGGUUUAAUCCCUCCAUUUGUUUUUCUUUUGUCGUUGUUGACAGGCCCACCCGCUUCCUUCCUUCCUUCCUACUUCAUCGCACCGUUACCGGUACACCAUAGGAAUCUUCCAAAGGGGACUCAUUCAUCAUCGACAGGGUAGUUGCCGUAGUUGUUGAUUUUAUUCCUCUCUAUUUCAUCGUCUUCUGGGGUCGAGAGAACUAUUAUUCUUUUUCGUGUUCCCUUCAUUGCUUUUUGGCGGCGGAAAACAGGGUUUUCGGAUUUUGUUUUGUUCGGGUUUCUAUCCCACCCAUCCAUCCAGCGAGCGAUGUCUAUAUUGAAAUUCGUUUUUUUUCUUCUUUCUUUCUAUUUCUUAUCUCCACCCAUGCCUCCAAAAAAAAAACACUUGAUUAGAAUUUCCUCCUCCUCG